GGGCAUUGCAAUUGUUCGACGGUGCCCAUGCGUGUGAACGAGGACGCGGGUGCCGCCGCCACCGACGAAGAGCGGGACGGACUCAUUCGAAGUGCCGCCUUAUCAAGUAAAAGUACUGGCGGUGCUCCAUCUAAUGCGCCAAAGUACGAAGAGGUCAAGACGCCCAAUGAAGGUGUCGUGAACACAGCGGCAGCAUCCACACAAGGUGCACCAACUACAACAUCCACGCCGCCCGCCUCGAUGGAGGAACAGCAAGCACGUGAAGAGACUGCUGAAGACUUGAUGCACGGUAUCAACUCUUUCUGGGCGGUCGUCGCGCCCGUGUGUGUGACCAUGGUCAUCGCAAGCAUUGCCGUCGUAAACUGCCGCAGUCGCGCCCUCGAGCGUUCCAUGGGGUCGUACCUUGUAUACAACGAAGUCAAAGGAGCGGAAGCAGGUGAAGUCGUCGGGCACUCCCUUGUCAACGCCCUCGUCGUGAUUGGAUUUGUGACCGGCCUGACGUUUUUCAUGGCGCUUCUGUACAAAUUCAACUGCAUGCGGAUCUUGGUCGGGUACAUCAUGUUCUCGUCGUCUGCGAUCCUCGGGUUCGUCGGCGGCCAGCUCGUCGACACCGUCAACGACACGUACCUCCAGUGGCCCAUCGACUGGGUGUCGUUUUUAUUUAUCAUGGUCAACUUUUCGUUUGUGGGCGUCGUGGCGAUAUUUUAUCAAAAGGGGAUUCCAAAAUCGGCCCAAAAUACCUACUUGGUGUUUGUGUCAGUCAUCUUGGCAUGGCAGUUCUCCAUGUGGCCCGAGUGGACGACGUGGAUAUUCUGCAUCAUGUUUGCAUGUUACGAUCUGUGCGCUGUCUUGACCCCUUGCGGGCCCCUCAAAGUGCUGAUCAACCUCAUUCAAGAAAAGCAAGCGCCAAUGCCUGGGUUGCUCUACGAAGCCGAAGUUCGCGACGGUGUGGGCAACCCGGCGGCGGUGGCGGCGGUGCAGACCCCCGCGGCGCCAGCAGCUCCUCGUCCAACUACCACCACGACAUCGUCAUCUUCAUCGGCGUCGCGACUGCCGCCACGAGAACCACGGACCGCCGCCUCGUCGGCAUUGGUACCGCCGUCGCUUCAAGGACACGAUUUGACGGACCCGUUCCCAGUGCACGAGUGCGACACCGAAGACGACUUCAAAGCGCUCUUGUUUGCGUUCUACGCGCGGUAUUCGCCGGACGACACGUGGAAAGUGGACCAGGUGGCCGCGCGGUUCUUCCCCAACCAGUCGCGCAUGUGGCCAUCCUUGUUCCACAAGUACAUGGUGUGCUCGUGCGGGACGGAAAGCGUUCCCUGCUCGGUGCAGUCGGCCAUCGAUGUCCGAAACGAACAGCGCCGCGAACGCGCCGCGGAAGACGACGAAGACAAAACGAUCAAGCUCGGCCUGGGCGAUUUCAUCUUUUACAGUGUCUUGGUCGGUCGCGCGGCGAUCUACGACUUUAGCACGUGUGUCAUUUGCUUUCUCUGCAUCUUGAUGGUAAGUUCGAUAAUGGUUCGAGGCUCGGUGAUUGACGGGGUGGUGUGUAGGGACUGGGGGGUACGUUGUUCUUGCUGUCGGUGCUGCACAAGGCUCUGCCGGCGCUCCCGAUCUCGAUCUUCAUGGCCACGGCGUUCUACUUUUGGGCGCGGUAUACGCUGACGGACUUCUUCAACUUUGUCACGGUCCUGCCGUCGGCCUUGUAAUAAGAUCACAUUGUCAUGUUGAUGAAUCGCCUGUGCCACUCCCUGUCGUGUGCGCACGUUGGUGGAAGGCGAUAGGUAGCUGGAAUGAUACUAUUAUGUAUGUAGUAAUAGAAACGGGAGUGAGACUGUACGGACGUCACGAGACACAUUGAAAGGCGGCGUCAUAACAAGCCCUGGACACAUGCCUGGAGCGCAUCAAGUCGACGGACGCGGCACAAUUGCAUGGAUGUCGAUGGGAAGUUUGAAAGUGCGCCGC